AUGGCCCCCGGUGGCUCGGUGCCCUCAUCCUCCACAGAUCUCCUGGCCCUUGAUCUCACCGGACCGAAAAACUGUGAAGUAUGCCGCCGCCCUGCAAACUGUUUCAAUUUUGGAGUGAUGACGUGUGACGCCUGUAAAAUGUUUUUCCGAAGGACAAUGUUGCUGAACGUUCAAUAUCAGUGCAGGAGGAAUAAUCAAUGUUUCGAUGAAAACUUCUCCUGCCUAAAAGCUCCAUACUGUCGUGCUUGUCGUCUUGUACAAUGCAUAAAAGUUGGAAUGAAACUCAAUUUAUCCGCAAUGCUGGAGGUCAACAAUCAGAAGGACGACGCGGUGGCCACUCUCAUCGAAAGUCUACUUUAUCAAGACGCACGACGUGAAAAAGAUUUAAUUACCAAUUUCACUUUCGAAAAUCCAACGUUGGAAGAGGUCAUUGAAUGCAAGCAGUUGACUAUUGUAGUGAGGGAUCCGACGCAUGAAAUGACAAGCUCCGACUGGUGCUUUUUUGGCGCCUAUACAGCGAUCAAAUUUUUAUUGAAUCUCCAUUUCAUGAGGCGGUUGAGCACAAGGGAUAAGACAUUACUUCUCUCAAACUACUCCUCCAAGGCAACCUUACUAUUCAGUGCGAUUCGAACAAUGAGAGCUAAAAAUGAUAAAAUGAUAAAACCGGAUGGAAAGGAUUUCUUUAUUGAGUUUUUGUCAAAAUGGUCUGACUUUUCACUCCACUUCACAAAUCGAGUCCGGAGUAUGCUGGUAAAUCGAUUGAUCGAUUUGGAGAUCACAAAUGAGGAAUUCAUUCUGGUCACUGUCUUAUUCUUCUGCAAUCCCGUCCUCGAUGAACUCUCUGAGCACGCGGUCACAGUACUCACCGAGCAACAAAAAGUCUACAGCUCCGCCCUCAUGCAAUACUGUCUUCUGCAAUACCAACAAAACGGUCCGUCUCGAUUUACCGACCUCCUUUCCCUCUGCACAGUUACAAAUAAGUACUUCGAGGAUGUCCAGUACCUCUACUGGAUUUUCCAGUUUCAUUUCCAUGUCAAAUAUAAGAAUUUGGUGUCGAGUAUAAUUUGA